GCCAUUUUGAAGCGGUUGUAGGGAGGCGGUGUGUGUAGCUGCUCCCGCGUGCCCGGCCCGUUCCCACCGCUUACUUACCCGUUCACUCUCCUAGCUUCGGCUCAUCACCGCCGCAGCCAUUGCCGACCCUGCCAUGUCCGGAGGGGGCGUGAUCCGCGGCCCAGCCGGUAACAACGACUGCCGCAUCUACGUGGGGAACCUGCCGCCCGACAUCCGCACCAAGGACAUCGAGGACGUGUUCUACAAGUACGGGGCCAUCCGCGACAUCGACCUCAAGAACCGCCGCGGCGGGCCGCCCUUCGCCUUCGUGGAGUUCGAGGACCCCAGGGAUGCGGAGGAUGCGGUGUACGGAAGGGAUGGGUACGAUUACGAUGGAUAUCGUCUGAGGGUGGAGUUUCCCCGAAGUGGCAGAGGCACCGGCAGAGGAGGUGGCGGAGGUGGAGGUGGUGGGGCCCCCAGGGGCAGGUAUGGCCCCCCGUCCCGGAGGUCUGAGUACCGAGUAAUAGUUUCUGGACUGCCUCCAAGUGGAAGUUGGCAGGAUUUAAAGGAUCACAUGCGUGAAGCAGGUGAUGUAUGUUAUGCUGAUGUUUUCCGAGAUGGAACUGGUGUCGUGGAGUUUGUACGGAAAGAAGAUAUGACCUACGCAGUGCGAAAACUGGAUAACACUAAAUUUAGAUCUCAUGAGGGAGAAACUGCCUACAUCCGUGUUAAAGUUGAUGGCCCAAGAAGUCCAAGCUAUGGAAGAUCUCGGUCACGCAGCGUAGUCGUAGCAGAAGCCGUAGUCGAAGCAACAGCAGAAGCCGCAGUUAUUCCCCAAGAAGAAGCAGAGGAUCUCCACGCUACUCUCCCCGUCACAGCAGAUCUCGUUCUCGUACAUAAAUGAUUAGGGAUGCUCACUUUUUGUAGAACCCCAUGUUGUACACAGUUUUCCUUUACUCAGUACAGUCUUUAAUUUUUUAAUUCAAACUGUUUUAUUCAAAUUGGCUGAAGUGUUGAAUUGCAUUCUUGUGUAAUAUCCCUAGUGAGUAUUUGCUCCUUAACAUCAACAUUCCCCUCAUGUCUUUGGUAAAUUGUAUUUUAAUUGAUGUUAUUGCCAGGAUUGUUUAAAUUUAGUUAAAGUUAACUACCCACACUCUGCAGACUGUGGUAUUGCUGUGUCAAUGUCUCCGUGUUCAGCUAUGGUUUAUACCAGCUGGGGAUGUUGGGAUGUUUGUGGUUAACUUGUUUCUUCUGGGGGAUCUCAUAUUUUAUCUUGCCUUUUCAUGUGUCUUUCUGUAGACAUAUCUGAAGAGAUGGAUUAAGAAUGCUUUGGAUUAAAGGAUUGUGGAGCACAUGUCAAUCAUUUUAGGAUUGUCAAAAGGAGGAUUGAGGAGGAUCAGAUCAAUAAUGGAGGCAAUGGUAUGACUCCAAGUGCUAUUGUCACAGAUGAAAUUGGCAGUAUUGACCUUAUACCAUGGUUAAACAAGUAUAUACAUACACUUUAUCUUGUAACUUUUACAGACACGUUUUAGUUAUCGUAGACUACAAUUGCUCUUUUCUUUAAAACCAUGUUGGCAAUUGUGGCUAAAUUACUUGCUUUUGUAUCUCUUCCAUUCUAGAUUUUAAAAAAAAAAAUCAGAGAGGGUGGGGUGUACUGGUUCAGUUUGUCAUGCUGCAUUCGGUUACAAAUGUUAAUAUUAUGUAGUGCUGAUACAUUUGUAGAUGCAGGGUAUCUUCAAACCAGAUAGAGUAUGAUAUCAAUACUGCUAAAAUCUGCAUGUCCUCUGUGUGACUGAUACAGCGUUGCUAUUACAUUUUUUUAAGUAUCAGAAUGAAAACAAAAUAUAGAAAAUUUAGCUGGGAAUAAUUCCUUAAAUCUCAACCCUUCCCCUUCAGACUAAUUCACAGUUGACUCACUAAUAUGUUUGAAAACUUCAGUUAGUUAAUUUUGUUACCUUCCAGAUGGGAAUACUAGCUUUAGUUUAGACAUAUAGUAGGUGGAUAGCUUUAGUGAUAAACUUUUCCAAUAUCAUACAAAAAUUUUUUGCAACCACAAAACCUGUAAUACAUCUUACAAGCAGUGAAUAUGUUGGCCUUAUCAGUUGACAUAUGUAAAUAUUACAAUGUUUUCUCCAAAUAAUUAAUAUUCCUAAAAUUUAUCUGAGCAUCACCAUUCAAAAGUUUGUUUUGGGGAAUUGAUAGUUAUUAAUGUACAUCCUUAUUAAUUGAUGGCAAACAUAACUAAUCAUUCCCCAGAAUCCUAUUUUUUCAUUACAGUAUCUAACUUUUUGCCUCCUCUUUUUUGGUUUUGCUGGUUAUAAAGGUUUGGAUUGGAGAGGGCUCACUGGAUCCCAAUCCUUGGAGCUGGAUCAUUGGAUUCAAAUCAUAAUGUGGAUAGGAUAGGGAGGCUGAAUUACAAGGAUUCAUGGAGCGGGAUCAGAUUACCAGGAACAUAGGAGUGGAUUCCUGCCCCAACCAAACCGCAUUCGUGUGGAUUUUUUUUAUUCAACUCAAUUGGCUAUUCCAAAGAUUUUUUUUCCUAUUUUUGACGAUUGGAGCCCUUAAGAUGCACGAUGGAUUUUUUUUUUUUUUUCAUUUUUUUGGUAAAAGGAGCAAAGCGAGGACCUGGAGAGGUACGCUGGAGCAAUCUCCUUGGAAGGAUUCAGCACGAGUAGAUGGUAAACAUUAAAGGGGAAAAGGGGGGUUUGUUUAAAAAAAAAUCAGUCAUUUCUCUAAAUUUAAAGAUAAAUUGGAGUUAAAGAUUAAGUAGGUUUUCAAUUGGCUUGCUGCCUUUUUUUCUUUGACAAAUAAAAUUUUAAAAAAAAUUGCAUGGUUGUUCUCAUUUGUCAAAUGUAAGAAUCUUAAGGUGGUCGUCAACGUCCUGCCACAAUGAACUGCAAUAAGAUUAAAGGUUACACUCAAAAGUAUUCAGACAGAAGGGUUUUUAUUUUGCGUUCCAUAAAGAUCCGUUUUUUACACCAACACUUAAUGUUAAUAGUUGAGGUUUUAAGCAGGUCACUUGUUUUCUACUUUUAGGAUUAUAUAGAGGAUUUCUUAAUUUGAAGAGAAUACUGUGACGUAUAUUUUAUAGGAAAUGUUUUGAUCAGUCACUCUUAACAGUGAUCAAGCUCACUGAAAUUUUUUUCUUUUAAAACCAAGACAAACAAGGUUGGAAUGGUAUGGUAAGGUUUUUAAUCUUAAACUGUUGUAUUUGUUCUUGCUAUUGUAAUCUGAUAGUUUAUUGCAUCUAGAGCAUCAGUCUCUUGUAAAAUGGACAUAGAUUAGUUAUUGAGGGUAUACAGGAAAAAAGCACACAUUUUUAGCCAGGUUAACAAAACUUCUUAGCAACAUCUUUUUAAAGACAAAAGAUGUAGGGAAAGUCUUUUAGGGGACCAUGCUAUAAAGAGUGAGCUUGGUUGUAAUCCUGAUGAAAGUAAAUAACUGUAUAUGGUAGGAGGGAUUAAAAUAUGCUUCAGACUGUUAAAAUAAAAUGCUAAGUAGUUUAGAUAAUUGAGGAAUUACAAACGUUGGAUUUCAUAUAUAAUUAAUAUGCGCAAAGAUUAAAUAUUAUUGGUUGUCAAGAAGAAAUCCCGAGAGGAUUAAACUUGUAAUUAAACUGUGAUUGUAUUAUAGGCUGUUGAGUAAUAACAACACCUGGGUCUAUUGUUUAGCUCCAGGCUAAGUCCUUUUGAUUGCCAAGAUGUGUCAUUGUAGAACACACUCUUUGGAGUAUCUGAAUGUGACAUUAAACUUCUUAAAAUGCCUAUAAAACAUAGCCAUAUAUCAUCAGAACUAGCUCACAGCCAAAUUUUUCUGCUUUUAAAACUUGCUAUCACUUAAAUUUAAAUAUAACUACACUAUCAAUAAAAUCACUAUAUAAAAACCAUUGUGAAGUGGAGUGUUGAGUAAGCAAAAGCAGGAGUGCAAUAUGUAAGAUGUAAUUAUUGAGUAAAGAUCAGAAUGCUUACAGGAUUAUGGUUAAAUAAGGUGCCAGAAUAGAUCUGUGUAGUCUGAUUUAUAGCCCUUGCACAGAUGGUUUUCAUAACAGACACUAACAAGAGAGCUGUCAUACUAUUAAUUUUAAACAGACUAAUUGUGUAAAUAUGUUAAGAUUUGAUUCCCUUCAGAGGUGGUUGUAGGUUGUUUCCAGAUGCAGGGAGGGCUAGCAUCCAGACUCGAGUGAUCAAGAGGAUAAGUACAUUGCAUUUCAAGGUGAGAAUCUAGAUUUUUAUUCCAUGAAAUAGAUUUGUGGGCACUGUUCUACUAUGAAAUUACUGGCAUGAAUGACAUUACUUUGUAAAAUGUAAUGUGUGCUCUUCACAAAUGUGGCACAAUUUAUACUGCAUAAAUGAGACUGGAGUCUCGUUAACAGAUACUAUUGUAGAGCUUAUCAGUGACAAUGAGUAAAGGCAUCCAUGUGGGAGGGAGAUAUAAAUAAUUCAAGUAGAAAGCAUAUCACAGUUGUGGAUUUAAAACUUUUUGUAUAGUAAUCCUAUAGUGGGGUGCAAGAAAGAGCAACAUUACAAGUAGUUUUCAUAUAUUUCUAAAGGAAGGUGGGGGAGCAGGGAUGUUUCUAGUGGAAGUAUGGAAUGAUGGCAGCCCAAGAAUGCUGUCAUGAUGUGUAACAAUACAACCCAUUGUGCUUUAGCAGAGCUUCAUGCUAAUGAAUGGCAUGAGGUUAAUCCUAGUAGGGAAGCUGACAUUUUUAAAGGACUAUUUAAGAAAAAAAAAUGCCAAGUUGAAAGUGACCUGACUUGCACCUCCCAGCAGUCUGAAAAUUUGACAGGUAAGCAACAUGCCUGUAAAUAGAUAUACAGGAAGUUUUACAACUGCUUCAUGUGCACUUAAGCUAUAGAUGUUUAAUGUUAAAUACUUGAAAAUCAUUUGCUUCCAGGGUUCUCUCAAAGUGGUUUGCAACCAAAGUACACUUAGCCCUAGUGAAAGACAGCCACCAUGGAAUGGAGGGCAGAUGUGUACUGGCACCCUGUCUGCCAGGAGGAGGAGGAGGACUUACUGGCCUGUCAGCCUAAUGUAAACACCUACUCUAAAAAAUAUAUAUAUUGCCAUGGGCUUUUUAAUGUCCACGUGAAGCAGACAGUUCUUUACUUAAAGAAUCGCUCAACAGCGUACUUCUAAAACGCUGGAGGACGUUACCUCUUGUAGUUUAAACAGAACAGCAGCAUCUAUUUUUUUCAUAUGUAAACUUAAAUAGAAAGAAAUGGAAUAAUUCAGAAGAUGUUUCUUUCUUUCCUGCUGACUGCUGAGGAGAGAUGAUUCAAUGGAUUGGGUACAGGACAUGGCAACUGGUGUUCCCUAUCCCUGUGUCUUCCAUAAGUUUCCUGUGUGGUAAUGGGCAAGUCAUUUUAAUUUCCAUUUUCUUUGUAACAUGGAGACAAUAUGUACCUCAUUAUAGUGUUGAGGCACUGAUGUUUGUGAAGCACUUUGAGAUCCUGAAAUAAAAUUGUUGUAGUGCAAAAUGCUCUUUUCUUUCAAUAUUUCAAAAAAGGAUGUUUUCCAAUCUCUUCUGCAAUUUUUAGCCAAAAUACACUACUACUGGACUACAGUGGGUUACUGACCUACAAUUAGAGAAGGGUUUAAACUGUUUGACGGAGCUAGGAAAAGUGUUAUAUAGACGUGGUCUGUGUGAGUCUCUCCUCUCAUGUAUCCAUCUGUCUCCUUGCAAGCCAUCGUCUUUGUAUCAUGUCUCUUUGACACCAUUCUUACCUAGACUGGAGGAGCCAUGUAGACACCUGAACUAUCAGUAGGGUAAGGUUACACAAGUUGUGGCAGCUGGAGUAUGCUCACCUUUUGGCUUUCCUUGAGAUCACACGCUUUGUGUUAAACCAUGUGACUCUUGGACUUUCUAAAAUUCAGGGUGAAGUUUCCAGCUGUGCCUUGGGUAUACAUAUGCUCCAAAGGUAUCCUAAUUCAUAGAUGAGGAACAGAAUAGGUUUAGUGACUUGCUUCUUACGCCAACACUGCAGAAUUGGUUUGAAACUAGACAAGAAGUCUGAGUUACGAUAUGUCAUUACUCAAUGCACUAUCUAACUGCUACUCAAAGCAGUGUUAAAUGUUUGAAACAUCUUUAGUGCACAGAAUCACAGCAGUGGCACUAACAUAUAGUCAUUAAAAAUUUGAAAUGCGCACAGUUUGCAUGAAUAAUUACCCCUCCAUUUUAAUACUCUUACCAUGUCCUUUAACCCACUUCUGUAUUGGCAAGUGGUUUAGCUAAAUCUCCAAAAGUUUCCUGACAUCCAGUCCAGUAACUAUCUGGUAGACCUCAUUGUUUUGAGUUCCAAGAUUUUUGGCUCAUCUCUAUUUAAUUGUAAUAGUUACAGUCUUGCAACAUAGUUUUCUGUAACUCUCUAAGCAUCUUCUUUCUAUCAAAUGACAUGAUUGAACUUUGUCCAUUAUUGAUCACCUAGGUCAAAUAUUAAAUCACAAAACAGGCACCAGUAAAAACAUAAGCACACACUACUGUCACAGGGUGGAUUUUAACCUGUGUCCUUUUAUCUCCGAUGUUUCCCUAUUAUAGCUGUGGAUAUCUGCACAUUCUCUUGAAAAAUGAUGCAGUGUCUGCUCAAUUCUUUUUAAAGGACAAGUUGGACUAUGUACUCUCAGUAAGUGCAUUUUGAGCCUUUAUCACAGGUCUGACAAGUGUCUGUCACAGUUUUAUAUGAAUUAAAAUUAAUUCCACAUAGAUGCCUCAGUGUUAAUGUAAAUAGAAUAACUUGGUAAAAGAGGACAAUGAGGAAUACAUUUUAGAAACAGGGCUUCAGGUUUUGUGUCUCGCAACACAUCCCUGUAAAUUGCACGUUUGUUUACUAUGACCUCACUCCCUUUUGCAUGUUGCUAGAAUGGUGUAUGUUGUUGAGAAUGUGGGGAAGAGUGUUUAUAAGGCUCUGAGUUUUGGAUUAUGGGCUACACACUUUGAUUAUAAUCUCAGACCUGCUUCUGACUCACUGUGUGGCCUUGUGUAGUCCUUCAGAAUCAUGCAUGCUUUCUGCUAAUCGCUGUGUACAGGCUCAUGAUUAACCAUACAAGCUGCUAGACACAUUAAUGGACAAAUACAGAUUAUUCUGAAGAAAAUCCCUUCAUAAAUGCCAAACAAAAGAUUAUUUUCUUUCUGAGGGCUUUUUUCUUUAAAGAGGAAAAAAACAAAAUGGGCAGUUACAGUUCAGGAAGGAUAGAAAAAACGAAAUCCUCUUUUGACAGUAGAGCCAUCUAGUGGGCAAGAUCGGUGACAUGCAAAUAACUUU